UUUUAUAUUUUAUAUUGACCUUUUUAUUUCAUUAACCAUCCCUAAACGAUAAAAAACAUGAUUCAAAUGUGUUCUAAAUCACAUUAAAUUAGUAAAAAUGAGCUCUUACUUUGCCUCAAUGGUUCUAGCACUACUGUUUUUCCAAUGCAGUGGGCUGGCCAAGUUAACUUUUACCUGUGAAAGGUUGUGGAUGUAAGUUAUUCGGAGCUCUUUGGCACUGUAAUCAUUUUGCACUGCUGUUCAAGCAAAAUUCUCCUUUUCAUCCCAUUACUGAAACACCUUAUAGCUAAAAAGUGUAUUAUACUAUAUCAAUGGCCCACUGUCACGAAAAAAAAAAAGAUGUUUGUGUUACAAACUAUUACAUAAGGUUAGGUGGUUCCCCCAGUGGGAUAGUCAUGCUUCUUGUAGACUAUUUAUUCGUUACCAAUGAGAACUCAGACUAUGUGAGCUCUAAAGCCUCUAACAGAGUGCUAAUCACUGAGAGUCUUCACUCUCUUCGCCCUGCCAGGCAUUUACAGUAGGGUUCAAUCUGUGCUUUAUUAUUAAUUCCAAUGACUUUAAACUAUAUUAUAGCAAUCUUUAUUGUGACAUUUGUAAAUGAGUGUUAACACGAGUUUGUUUUUUUAGUCUUUUUCUCUCACUUUAGGUUAGAAUGGAAAACAUCUCUGCAAUCAUUCUCACAUUUACUGCACUGAAUGAGACUGACGGGACCAGCAGACUCAUCAUAUUUGCUUUUACUUUUACCAGCUUUUUUAUUGCAGUCUUCCUCAAUUGCACUUUGAUUCUGAUUAUUGUUAUAGAGAAAACUCUGCAUGAGCCAAUGUACAUAUUUCUGGGUAAUCUGUGUGUUAAUGGUUUGUGUGGAACUGCAGGCUUUUAUCCAAAGCUUUUAAGUGAUUUAAUCGUGGACACGAGUUCAGUCUCACUGCGAUCAUGCAUUGUGCAAAGUUAUGUCAUUUUAACUUAUGGAAUGGGAGAAAUUACAAAUCUGAGUGUUAUGGCACUUGACAGGUAUUUGGCCAUAUGCAGACCCCUAUACUACCAUACUCUUAUGUGCCGAUCCACUGUACUGAAAUUACUGAUGUUUAUCUGGAUGUUUCCUUGCUGUAUCGGUUUGGUGAUCAUUGUAAUGGCAGCCAGUAACCCCAUUUGUGGCCGAUAUAUAGAUAAACUGUACUGCGGAAGCUUUGUCCUGGAGAGGCUUGCAUGCCAAACUCAACUUCCUGAAGCGAUUAUCAAAGGGAUGUUUUUUUUCUUGCUGAAUAUUCUGAUGGGAUUCGUGUUCUUUUCGUAUGUAAAACUGAUCCUUGCUUGCAGGCGGUCUAAACUAAACCAGAAAAAGUUCAUGAGCACAUGUGUACCACAUUUAGUUGCCUUUUCUAAUUUUAUGAUCUUAUCACUGCUGGAUGCUUCACACACACAGUUUAAUGUGAAUCUUUCUCAGACACUACAACACUUUCAAUCAGCUUUGAUUUUGGUUAUUCCCCCUUUUGUCAAUCCCAUAAUAUAUGGCAUCAAAUUAAGUCCAAUCAGAACACACACGUUGCAUUUAGUAAAAAAAAAUACAAAUUAACGUUGCUGAAACCUCUUAGCUGGUCUAAACACAGUAGUUUUGUUUAAAUGCCAUCUCAUUCAAGGAGGUACAUGUCCAAACUGA